AUGGCCUCCUCCGCCGUCCGGGUUGUAACCGCCGUCGUGACAAAGACGGUUGCUGCGUCUGCUACCCCGACUAAGGCUGCCAAGGUCCCUCCGCAAGGUGGGAUUCUCGAGGGCGGGAAUCCCUCUGUCUAUGAUUCCAAGAACCCUAUCAUCAUCUUCAUUAUUCAGGCUGGCAUCAUUAUCAUAUUCUGUCGUGCCCUCCACUACCCUCUUUCCAAACUGCGCCAGCCUCGUGUCAUUGCUGAAGUUAUUGGCGGUAUCCUGCUCGGGCCUUCGGUAUGCGGCCACAUCCCUGGCUUCACCGCGGCAAUAUUUCCCAACGCUGCCAUGCCAAACCUCUCGCUCGUCGCAAAUCUGGGUCUUGUGCUGUUUCUGUUCCUCGUAGGACUGGAAGUGGACCUGCGCUUUCUGGUCAGCAAUUGGCGCGUCGCCCUGAGCGUGGGUCUGGCGGGCAUGGCGUUGCCCUUUGGAUUAGGAUGCGCCAUUGCCUGGGGCCUGUACAACCAGUUCAAAGAUGAGCCGGGAACAAAGCCAAUUGACUUUGGCGUCUUCAUGCUCUUCAUCGGCGUUGCUAUGGCCAUUACGGCUUUCCCUGUGCUCUGUCGCAUUCUAACAGAGCUGAAACUGCUCAUGACACCAGUCGGUAUCAUUGUGCUCUCCGCAGGCGUUGGAAACGAUGUGGUUGGCUGGAUCUUGCUUGCGCUCUGUGUUGCCCUCGUCAAUGCAGGCACCGGAAUUACAGCAUUAUGGGUCCUCCUAACUUGUGUUGGCUAUGUGCUCUUCCUCGUCUUCGCCGUCCGCCCUGCCUUCAUGUGGGUCCUGGUCAGGACUCGCAGCUUGCAGGAUGGCCCCAGCCAGGGCAUUAUCGCACUCACUCUCCUUAUCGCACUCACAUCGGCAUUCUUCACUGGAGUUAUAGGAGUACAUCCAAUUUUCGGUGCCUUCAUGGCGGGCUUGAUCUGUCCUCAUGAAGGUGGGUUUGCUAUCAAGGUCACGGAGAAAGUCGAGGAUCUUAUUUCUACCAUGUUCCUACCUCUCUACUUUGCUCUAUCUGGCCUCGGCACCAAUCUUGGUCUUCUCAACAGUGGCAUUGUUUGGGGCUAUGUCAUUGGCGUCUGUGCCGUUGCGUUCUUCGCUAAAUUCAUUGGUGCUUCGCUUGCGGCACGUGCUAAUGGUUUGGUCUGGAGAGAGAGCUUUACCAUUGGCUCGUUAAUGAGUUGCAAGGGCUUGGUGGAGUUGAUCGUGCUGAACAUUGGACUCCAAGCCAAGAUUCUAAGCACAAGAACGUUCACCAUCUUUGUCGUCAUGGCGCUUAUCACUACUUUUGCUACUACCCCACUCACUUCAGCUCUGUAUCCUUCGUGGUACCAAAAGAAGCUUGAGGCCUGGAAGCGUGGCGAGAUCGACUGGGACACCGGCAAUCCCCUCGGUGACCACGACGAUGCCGAGGAUUUCACAUUCGAUAAGAUUCAGUCACAAAAGAUAUCACGCAUCCUUGUAUAUCUUCGAUUGGACAGCAUGCCGACCCUUCUCGCCUUUGUCUCGAUGCUGGGCGGCAACCCUCCAAAAGUACCUGAGAAGACACAUCCCCUGUUGGAAGGUACUUCGAGCUACACCAAAGAGACCGAUGACUCCGGGGUGAGCGAUGACAAGCCAAAGAGACCUAUCGAAGCACACGGUGUGAGACUAUUAGAGCUGACGGAUCGUUCUUCGUCCGUCAUGAAAGUUUCCGAGAUUGAUUCAUACACUGCUCACGACCCAGUUGUCAAUACCUUCCGGACUUUCGGCCGCCUGCAUAACCUGGCUGUUAGUGGCGAAGUCUCUGUGCUCCCCGAGUCUUCAUUUGCGGAUGCUAUCGUCACUCGUGCUUCCGAAGCGAACUCCGACUUCGUGCUUCUACCGUGGAGCGAAACCGGCACCAUGAGCGAGCAGGGCGUUAUCGACGACCACUCCGUUACCAACAAGCUCGCAACUUCCUCAUACACUUCAUUCGUCCGUUCAGCUCUCGACAACGCAAAAUGUACCACUGGCGUCUUCAUCAACAAGAACUUCGGCGGCUCCGCCUCUCGCCGCGAGAAAAACAAGCUCCACCGCACCUUCAGCGCGCACAGCAUCCGCAGCAACAAGGACAAGGACGUCGCAGCCCCAAUUGCAGACCGCAGCCACCACAUCUUCUUCCCCUUCUUCGGCGGGCCCGACGACAAAACCGCGCUCCGCCUAGUCCUCCAGCUCGCUGAGAACCCCGACAUCACUGCUACGCUCGUUCACUUUGAGAUCUCCGACGACUAUUUUGUCGCUGACGACACUGAAAUCGCGCCUGUUUCGCCUAUUGCUACUACCAGCGCAACAAAAGAUACUACCGUUGUCACCUCACAUGUUACCCGCGACCACGAGGCCGCGUUCUUCGCCGCCCUGCGAGCCUCCCUCCCGGCUGAACUCGCUAGCCGCGUUGUCUUCGAAUCCGUAAAGAGCACCAAACCCAUCGACGACGUGUUGGCGCGUGCGGGCACCGAAUGCGGCCACAGCCCACGGAACGCAGGCGAUCUAGUCGUGCUGGGGCGGAACGUCGGCAGUGGUGGGUUGGUGCUGCAGCGGAAGCGGACAGAGGACAGCGACACGGGUGCUGCGGGUACGCUGGGCGUGCUGGCGCAGAAGGUGUGGGAGGGGAAGAUUGGGGCGAGUGUCAUGGUUGUGAAGGCUGGUUUUGGGGGAAGCGAGUAAGAUGGGUUUUGGGGUAUAGGGGAGUUUGGGAUGAGAUAUGAUAACGGCUGCUGGGUAUUAAUGGAGCGACUGACGCUUAAAAUAUAAGAGAUUUUGGAUACUGGGGCUUUUGGUCUUCCUGGCGGAAUUCCGGCCCAUUAGACUGCCCAGACGCUAGAGAACCUCACCACACAGCAUAGCCCAAGAGGCUGGACGAUAAUGACAGGAUAUUAUGUGAUAUUGCUUUGAACGAGUAGGUACAGUCCAGAGGUACGUAUUCCAUCGAAAUAUGCCGUGUUCAAGGCUACGGUGAUC